CUGUGUGUGUGUGUGUGUGUGUGUGUGGGGGUGUGUGUGUGUGUGUGUGUGGGGGUGUGUGUGUGUGUGUGUGUGUGUGUGUGUGGUGUGUGGGGGUGUGUGGGGGUGUGUGUGUGUGUGUGUGUGUGUGGGUGGGUGGGUGGGGGUGUGUGUGUGUGUGUGUGUGUGUGGGUGGGUGGGUGUGUGUUUGUCUAUGUGUAUUAGAAGGACAUUUGGUCAGGAUACUCACCACACUAGAAGGACAUUUGGAAUUAGCAGGACAGGGUCGGUGUCCUGCUAAUUUGGAAAAAAUUCUAAAAGCGUAGAAGUGUUUCUAUUGGUCCAUAGACCCCAAAUAUACAAAAAAAAAGAGAUGACCUGCUAAUACACAUAGACCUGUUUUUGUGUAUAAUCUGUGUAUCACCACAGCGCCCCCUAUACCCAGCAGGUGGUAUAGCAGGACCUCAUGAAUAUUCACACCUGUGUAUGAUUCUAAGCUUCUGAUUGGCUGUCUGCCGGAAGGUCCUGUGUAUUCGUACAAUGUCCUUGUAAUUCAGGUUUCUGUAAAUAGGUGUGUGUAGCAUAGAUUUGCAGGGCUAAUUGAGUGCUACAUCUGGUCUGUUUCCGGUAGGUGUGGUGAACCAGGUAAGGCACUUAUAUACAGCUAUAUUACAUUUAUUUUGUCCCUUUAGCAACUAGGAAAAACAUGCAAAUAUUAUUGAGGUUUGAAGGUGUAAAAUAGACAAAAAGCCAGAGAAGCACGUGGCUACUUAGCAAGUAAACAGUUUAGCUCAUUUCUCCAAUGCUCUGCUGUCCAUUGAAAAGUUUGGACUUGAUUCUUGAGACUCAGUGAAAACUCAGUAAAAUUAGCACAAUCUCUGCAAUUAGUAAUGUUUAUAGCUGCUUAUGAGCCUCCACAGUGUUCCAGUUUGUCAAUGAUGUUAGAACUAGUAUUAGUAUUAGUAUUAGUAUUAUUGAACUAUGGUGACAAAAGCUUAUCGUUGUACAAUGUGUGCAUGUGUUUUGACGUUUUCGUAUUUAAUAAUGCAGCUACAUUUGCUAUAAAUAGGUUUUACAUGUAUUUUAUAGUGCAAUUAACAAUUACAAUUAUCAAAUAAAGGACUAGUUGACUUUUAAAAAAAAUUGUCAACUAAUUUUUAUAAUAAAUUAGUCACGAUUAGUUGACUAAUAGUUACAGCCCUAUUACUGAUGUAUACGAUACAAUUUCCACCUUUGUUAUCUCAAUUCUCAAUUUCUCAUUCAUUGCCCUCAUUCUAAACCAUUAAAUCAUUUUUGAUGCAUCACAUCAUAUAGUCAUCAUGUGCUAAGUGAUUAACUUUGCAGGAGAUGGCAUCAACAAGGUCACGGAGACCUAAAAGGAACCCUAUACAAGAAGCUACCUAUUUUUCAUCCUUGGGAAAAGACAAGAAUGACUUUGACAUAAAAUACAUAAAUUCUUUUAAAGGUAAGUUGCCAUUUUACUUUUUUUAAUUUUUUUUAAUCAAAGUUUCUUUUGUAGCAAAACUUAAAACCCCACUGUGUUAUUACAAACAAAAGGAUCAAUGAUGAUGUGGAAAUGAUUGAGGUGUUUAUUUGUCUAGAUUUCUACAAAAAAUACACAAAAAUAGUCCCUUGAUUAAUUCAUACAAAUAACUUGAUAGCUCUGCUAUUAGUAAUAAGAUAAAUAUCUGUUUGACACAGCUCUACUUUGUAAAAUUAUUGUUCAAACGUAUUGGCUUAACUGCUAACUCCUGUCGCAUAAUCGCAUAUCUUUUUAACUUUGUGCAUGCCCUUAUUUGUAUUUGUAUUUAUUCAGUGUGUUUAUGUUGCACUUUUUCACCGUAUCAAGUUCCUAGUUUGUGAACUGUGUUCACAGACUAUGGCAAUAAAAGUCUUCUGAUUCUGAUUCUGAUUCUGUGUGUCUUUAGGUCGAGGUGUGUUCAGCUGCCGGGACUUUCAAAAAGGAGAUUUUCUUAUUGAAUACAGAGGGGAAGUCAUAACAAAAAAGGAACAAGAAUGCAGGUUGAAAGUGUAUCAUAAAGCACUCAAGGUUUUCAUGUUUGAUUUCCAUUUUAAUGGAAAUCAGUUUUGGUAUGUAUCUAAUUUAAGGUGUCUUCUCUAAAUUUGUUUCUAUUCCUGUAAAUACUAACUCUCCAACUUCACUGUUAUUAAAAGUAGUUGUAAUUGUGGAAUGUAGUUAUAAUAUAGUGUUGAGCUUUUUACUGUUUGACGAAUAUUUUAAACUGUAGAUGCAGAUUCUUCAAUCAUGCUAAAACUACAUGUGCCCAAUUCUCUGCCUUUACACAAAAUGAUUGUUAUUGUUAUUUUUUUGUAUUUCAGUGUCGAUGCUUCCAGAGAAGAUGGUUCUCUAGGGAGACUCGUUAAUGAUGACCAUCUGAAUCCAAAUAGCAAAAUGAAAAUAAUACGAGUGGACGGAAGGCCCCAUUUGUGUUUGUUUGCACUCAAGGACAUUAGUCCAGGAGAAGAAAUCACGUAUAACUACGGUGAUUCUGAUUGGCCAUGGAGAAGCAAGAUUUCCAAAGAGAUACCUGACCAGCCUUCUAAAGUGGCCAUGUGCAGUUCCCUCAGUGACAGCACUGGCCAGAUGCCCAAAGAGAUACUUGACCAGCUUUCUGAAGUGGCCAUGUGCAGUUCCCUCAGUGACAACACUGACCAGAUGCCCAAAGAGAUACUUGUCCAGCCUUCUGAAGUGGCCAUGUGCAUUUCCUUCAGUGACAACACUGACCAGAUGCCCCAAGAGAUACUUGUCCAGCCUUCUGAAGUGGCCAUGUGCAGUUCCCUCAGUGACAACACUGACCAGAUGCCCAAAGAGAUACUUGUCCAGCCUUCUGAAGUGGCCAUGUGCAGUUCCCUCAGUGACAACACUGACCAGAUGCCCAAAGAGAUACUUGUCCAGCCUUCUGAAGUGGCCAUGUGCAGUUCCCUCAGUGACAACACUGACCAGAUACCCAAAGAGAUACUUGACCAGCUUUCUGAAAUGGCCAUGUGCAGUUUACUCAGUGACAACAUUGACCAGGAGCCUGCUGAUGUUACUAUGUGUUGUUCAUUCCUGGAUAUCAUUGAUAAGAACUGUGAACAUGACCUGGUCCCUGGCGAGAUGUCAAGUUUCGAAAAAUGUGCUUUUUGUGGAGGACCAUUUGCACCUCUGAGAUGGGUUGGAGAGAGAUGUAUAGUUUGCUGCCAGUCGUGGCACAAAAACUGUUAUCUUAAACAUAUGAAGAACAUCACUGAACCUCUGUCAAUGGCCUCUGAAGAACAUAGUUCAAGUCAGGUGACAUCAUCAGACGUGGAAUAUGUGCCUGAUUCCCACAGUAAUUCAAAUAACUCAUGUGAAGACAGAUCAGAGCGUUUCAAAAAUCAUCACAACCAUUUGGAAGUACAAAAUUUUGAGGUGUUCACAAGUAAGUCUGCUUCAAAACAGACAAGGCACUACCAAGAAAAUCUCUUGGAUGAAGAGAAAGAAUCAGGUCCUAAAGCUGCAGAAUUAUUACUGGAAGACACAGUCAACACAAACCGGCUUCAAUUAUCAGGAGUUCAGGCAAAUGAUGGGAAUGAUACUGAUGGUGAGGGCAAGCAGUUCUUGAACACAUCCUCCUCUCUCAGAAAUAAAACAUUUUGCUACAUUUGUGAAAAACCACAGACAAGGUUUGCACGUCACUUAAAAACUCAUGUGAAGACAAACGCUGAUGUUGCUCGAAUUUUGAUUCUUCCAAAAAAGUCUAAAGAGCGCAUGAAAAUGCUUAAUAAGCUACGCAACAAGGGAAACUACAACCACAACACAGAGGUUUUAUCAAGUGGAGAUGGACUGCUAAAACCUAGACGCACAUCUAAGAAAAAAUAUAAUCCUAAAGACUAUGUGCACUGCAUGUACUGCCAGGCCCUAUACCUCCGAAGAGAUCUGUGGCGACAUGUUCGAAAAUGUUCUUCAAAACCAGUUGAAACCAAUUCAGAGAUUGGAAGAACUAAGAUCUUGUCUUUGGCCACUAUGUUUGACUCAGCCUUGUGUCAACAGGUGUCACCAGGUGUUUGGAAGCUGUUAACUGCGAUGAAAAAUGAUGAGAUAACUGCUACAGUGCGCAGUGACUUCUAUAUUCUUCAGCUGGCUCAAUCAUUUUUUAACAAACAUGGACAAAAGCCCACCAAAUAUAAGUACAUUCGACAGAAACUCAGAGAAAUUGGAAGACUUCUGUUGACGCUUCGGAAGGACUUCUCAAUAUAUACUCUUGAGGAUGCUGUAAGACCUGCAAAUUUUCAAAUGGUUAUUCAAGCUGUCAAGAAAGUGUCUGGGUUUGAUGAAGAAAAGCACUGCUACCAAACUCCAAGCCUUGCACUGAAGUUGGGUCACUCGUUGCAGAAGAUAAGUGACAUUAUACACUGCAGAGCUCUAAUGGCAGAAGACUCUGAGCUGGUAAAGUCCACUCAGACUUUCAAAACCCUGUAUUCUACAAAGUGGGCUGAAUUUGUUUCACACACAGCUUUAACUACCUUGAAUGAGAGACACUUUAACAAGCCUUGCACACUGUCUUUCACAGAAGAUGUGCAACGUCUUCACAAACAUCUCGAAAAAACUGCAGAAGAAGCAUUUAAAAACUUGGAUAAAACGUCAUCACCCCAAUCAUAUGGUGAACUGUGCAAAGCAACUAUGGCAAACAUCAUACUAUUCAACCGGUGUCGUGGAGGAGAAGUUUCCAAAAUGAAACUAAAAGGCUUUCUUGAGAGGAACACCACUGCCUUACAUGAAGAUGUGGCUGUUGGACUCACAAAAUUUGAACUCAAACUUUGUAACCACUUUAGUCGAGUGGAAAUAAGGGGUAAAAGAGGACAAAAGGUUGCUGUUCUGCUAUCACCAGACAUGGUUAAUGCUCUAACACACCUAAUAAAUAAAAGAAAAGACUGUGGCGUUCCAGAGGAUAACCCAUUUCUCUUUGGAAGACCGCAGUGUCUUACUCCGUACAGAGGACCGGACUGUCUAAGACUUUAUGCAAGUGAAUGUGGGGCAAAGAACCCUCAACUCCUCAGGUCAACUCAGUUGCGCAAACACGUCGCAACUUUAUCCCAGGUCCUUAAUCUCCGAAAUAACGAGUUGGACCAAGUGGCAGACUUCCUUGGCCAUGAUAUUCAGGUCCACAGGGAGUUUUACCGACUACCAGAGGCUACCACACAGUUGGCCAAAAUAUCAAAACUGCUGCUGGCUAUGGAGAAAGGGUCUUUGGGAAAUCUGCAAGGGAAAACACUUGAGGAAAUUGAAAUCGAAGAUAACCUAGUGUUGACUGAUGUUGAGCAAAGUGAGGAGAGUGAUGGUGAGGUCGAGGAAGAAAAUCUGCCCACAGAUUCACAGAUUGCCAGUGAUUCUGCAGGGAUGAGCAUCAUUAGGCAACCUGUUGAGAAACCUCCAUGCACAUCUUUAUCAUCAGAAGACAAGGAAAGACCUAGGCCACAUGUUGAACCUCCAGGGAUGUCCUUACUGCCACAAGUUAUCGAUGCCAACCAAACAGACACAUCUCAAGCAGUAAUUAAAAAUGCAAAUGGAAAGGCCAAAGAUCCCAGAAGAAAAGCAAAAGUGAUGAAACAAUCAAGUAAAUGUCACAAAACAGUCCCUGGUCUCAGUGAAAAACUUUCUUUGGAAAAUGCAAGAAGGGUUCAGAAACGACAGUGGUCUCCCAAGGAGGUUGAAGCUAUGAUGAGACAUUUUGAAGAACAUAUCAGAAAAGGAAAACUGGCUACUAUGAUUGAAUGCGAACAGUGCAAGACAACAGAACAUCCCACACUGACUGAUCGCUCUCUUCAAAAUAUCAGCGACUUUGUCAGGAAUCGGGGUAUAACUCUGAAAAGAAAGGGAUUAGUCGACUAAUCGUGACUAAUUGAUUAGAAAAAUUAGUCAACACAUUUUUUAAAUAGUUGACUAAUCUUUUUUUUUUUUUUUACUGUUAUUGUUAAAUGCCCUACACACUCUAAAGUACAUGUAAUUUUUUAUUUUUUUUUAUAGCAAAGGCAGCUGCAUUAUUAAAGAAAAACACAAACUGCUAAUUUGCACAGAUUUUACGUUUAUUUGGCUAAAAAAAAACACAUUUAAAAAGCUUUCAAUUCACAAGAGAAAUAACUGUUUGACUAGUCAAUCAAUCGAAAUAAUAAACGCUGACUAGUGGCUACUAAAAUAAUUGUUGUCAGCCCUGGUUAGAAAUGCAAUAUUAUGGGCAAUUGUUGCAGCACAAUUGUUUGUGUUAAGACUUUACUCCUGCAAGGAUCUCUUUGUUUCAAAGAAGAUUCAGUUCAUGUCAUUGAAUAAAUUCAACUUGUUCAUGAAUGUGUAAUCAUUCCUUAUUUUGGCUUUAAAAGGUCACACUUUACCAACAUAC